AUGGGUAACGUCACAUCCGUCACGGGCGUCAAAUCCCCCAAUUUCUACGAGCAAGGAAACGGCAUCAAUGAGAUCUGGGUAGACGGUGUCGAGGUGAUCUCACGGUUACCGUUCGGGGAUUCGGACUUGGGCCAAGCAGGUUGGCUUCCAGGAGACUGGCCCAAAAUCCCGUGGCAUCAAUUCAUCAUCCCAAUGAAACGAGAUCUUCAGAGCAACAUCGACAGUCUCUACUUCACAAUGUCCCAAAACCAGACUUGCAAGUGCCAGUGUGAAGAGAGAUUCCCGGAGGAUGGAUACUUCGGCUUGUACAAUGGAUGGGACACAAAGUCUGUCAUGUGGUUCACCAUUUUCUCACUGGGGUUGGGAUACUCUACUCUAAUUUAUCUUGCGCGUUUGGUUCAAAGCGACCGUUUUUCUUUGCAACUGCACAAGUUCAAGCCCGAUGUGCCCGGCAUGGUUGACCAUGUAUGCAGGACUCCCAUCGGCAUUCGAAAGUGGCAGGAUUUGAAUCCCUGGUUCUGGAAGUACCUCUUGCGCAUCUUUGCCAUCUUUAUAUUCGGUAUCGUCUGUGUGCUACUUGCACUUCCAGGCGCUAUUGCCCUGAAGGAUCUGACGGGCCCAGAGGUCUAUUACGUUAUUUGCAAGUGGAUUGGAAUCAAUUUGACGAUUCAUUGCGCCAUGCAGAUAUUUUGCAACUUGCUUGGACUGUUCAUGGAUAUGCUUAUCCAGAAAAACGAUAAACUCCCAUCGGACCUCAUCGACAUCGAAGAACUGAAAGAAGAUUCCUGA